AUGGCAUGGGUGAAUCAGACACUGGUCACUGAGUUCUUCAUGAAAGGAUUCUCAGAAGCAACUCACCUUCAGCCCCUGUUCUUCGUCUUUUUCCUCUCCCUCUAUGCAGUGGCCCUCUCAGGGAACAUACUCAUUUUUGUUACAAUCAGUUUUAAUCCUACAUUGCACACACCUAUGUAUUUUUUUCUGGUCAACUUAGCUGUGGUUGAUAUCCUGUGCACCUCCACAAUUCUACCAAAGCUACUUGAAAACAUGGUGGGUAGAAAGACCAUAUCCUAUAGAGGUUGCAUGGCCCAACUGUAUUUCUUUACUUGGUCUUUAGGAGCUGAGCUGCUGCUUUUCACAGCCAUGGCUUAUGACCGGUAUGUGGCCAUCUGCCAUCCUCUCCACUAUAGCACCAUGAUGAGCAAGAGGGUCUGUAUGCUGUUAGCUGCUUGUGUUUGGUCAAUCAGCAUUCUCAACACCAGCAUUAAUAGCAGCCUUAUGUUUCGAUUGUCUUUCUGCCACUCCAAUGUAGUCAACCACUUUUUCUGUGAAAUCCCCCCUUUACUGAAGCUCUCCUGCACCCCUACUUACCUGAAUGAAACCAUGGCCUUCACAGCAGAUGUGUUCCUAGCUGUGGGGAAUUUCAUGAUCACGAUGCUCUCCUAUGCCUGUAUUAUCUCCAGCAUCCUGAAAAUCCGCACCACUGAGGGCAAAAAGAGAGCCUUCUCUACCUGCUCCUCCCACCUCAUUGUGGUCAGCAUGUAUUACAGCACUGUAAUUUACACCUAUAUACGACCAUCUUCCAGUUAUUCGUUGGAUAAGGAUAAAGUCGUAUCUGUGAUAUACACGUCAGUGGCUCCCACCCUCAACCCUCUUAUUUAUACUUUGAGGAACAAAGAUGUCAAAGUGGGACUCAAGAAAGUGUUCUCUUUCUUCAAGAGAUGUUGA